AUGUCUCGCCCUUCCGGUGUUGCCAUGGCUUCCAGCCCUCCUGCUUCGGAUGACACCAACUCUGUUGGAACUCCAUCCACCAACAUCACUGCCUUCACUCCCGGUGCUGCUCCUCCUGGCACUGCUGGACGUACUUCCUCUGGCAACGAGCGUCGUGGACCUCGCAACCUUGCGCCUUUGGACACUGCUAGGACUGGUGAUGACGUUUUCUUGUCUGCUCCAACCCCUACUGCCGCCACUAGAUUGUCUCCCACUGCAGAGGCCUUCACUCCAGGCCAAGCUGCUUUCAAUCUUCCAGUUGAGCGUACCGAGUUCGUCACUGAGCGUGUCACUCCUGUCAAGAAUCCCGUCAAGCCAGUCAGCUUGCUUACCAAAGGCAUCGAGAAUUAUCGUCAACUUUCCAUGAAGAACAAGAACUUCAGUCUUCCUGCCGAGGCCGUCAAUGCUGAUGGUGUAGCCACCUGGCGUGAACUCGUUCUUCCCUAUGCAGACCUUGUCAAUGCUGAAGUUCCUGACGUUGUCACCCCUGUUCGUCGCUUCUACACCCAAGCUGAGAUUGGAGGACCUGCUCUCAGUCCUAAGAACUGCCUUGCUCUCACACCCGAGGUUCGUUACCGACAGGAGUCUGACAUGCGUACCAAGAUCAGUGCCAUGGGCAUGCGAGUGGCUCUCCGCGUCAACCAUAGAGUUGUAAGAGAUGUGAUGGCCACCGUUGAUCUUCAAGAAGGUUCUUUCACCACUGAUGAACACGUCUUCCGCUCCUUUGUCGUCGCUGGUAUUCCGCACGACUUUCCCACUGCUGCCAUUGCUGCAACCUUCUCGCCUGCCGCAUUUCCAUCCUUGAAGUACAUCAAUGCUGUUCAGGUCAUUCGUGAUGGUGCCUUUACGAUUUCCUUUGGUGAUCUUCGUGAUGCUCAGAGAGCCUACGCUAUUGUUUCAUACCUUCACCAUGAUGCUUAUGCACACUACCUGAGCCCCAAGACUCUUGCUGCCGACCUCGGCCAGGAUUCAGUUAUUCAAACUGAUUUCCAUGCUCAAGUCAUGAUCAAGGUCAUCUGGGGCGAGCAUCAUGUCAUGGCUCGGGGUGUUCUCAGCGAAAUCAGACGUCUUCUCAGUCAAUGUGGUGACAUCAAAGCAUUCCACGCUGCUCCCCGUCAGCGUCCUGAUGAGGUUCCCAAGGACAAUCGCGAGCUUGUGGUUGAGUUCUACAGCACCAAUGCUGUUGCAGCCGCCGUUGAUGUCCUGACUGGAGACUAUGGAACAUACCGCAUUGAUGCCAGCACCUACACUCCUGAUGUUCUCAAUCUUUUUCACCUUCUCGAUGGCCGCAAGCCCCAGGAUUUCGCGUUCACCACCCCUCUCACUACCCUCAGUGUCACUGGUCGUUCAACUGUUCCUGUUGAUCCAGACUAUGACCGAAUUGCUGCUGCUCUUCAGCGUGGUGCCCAGCGUGCCAAUCGUGAUGGUCGUCGCGUCAAUCAUAAUGCCAAUCACAAUGUUGUCGAUAUCAAUCGCAUCACUGCUGGUGUUGACGUGCGCACCACCAUAAUGCUCCGCAACAUCCCCAAUCGCGUGGAUCAAGCCCUCUUGAAGGCAAUUAUUGAUGAAACCAGCGCUGGUUGCUAUGAUUUCAUGUACUUGCGCAUUGAUUUCGCCAAUAAUUGCAACGUUGGCUAUGCUUUCAUCAACUUCAUCGACGCUCAAUUCAUCCCUUCUUUCGUCAUUGCCCGUGCUGGUCAACGUUGGAAUUGCUUCAACUCCGACAAGGUUGCAGAGAUUUCCUAUGCUACCAUCCAGGGAAAAGACUGUCUUGUUUCCAAAUUCCGCAAUUCGUCCGUCAUGCUUGAGCACCCUGCUUUUCGUCCAAAGGUACGCACAAUUCUAACAGUCACAAUGAGCAGCACUAAUGUCUUCCAGCUUUUCUUUACCCGUGGCCACCCAAAUGCUGGUCAGGAGGAGAAGUUCCCAUCUCCAGACAACCCCUCAAAGAUGCGUCGCUCUGUCGAGAACGCUGAGCAUGUUGGUCUGUAUCCCUCUCGUCUUCUUCAAGAUUCCCUUGAACCUCCAGUUUCCGGAACCCCUGUCAAAGGCUGCGCAAAGUGUUUGGUGUUGGAGAAGCGUCAUCGUCUGUUGGCAAUUACUUCCUUUCCAUACCCAGCCCCAUCUCCUAAAUGCACAAAGUGUUCCAUGGUGGAGAAGCGUGGCUGGUGUUCGCCCCCUGCUCGUGCCAUCAAGGCCAUAGCAAAGUCAACCGUCUAUGUCGACACCAACUGCCCAACUGAUCCCUUCUCUGGCAUCGUCUUUUCGCCCCUAGGCAAGGUCAAGCCUAUCGUGAAGAGCAACGUCGUCGUCGAUCUCAAUAUGAUCGGGGUACACCUGGCGCAGACAUCGAGCUUGGAAUGA